UUGGCUAGAAGGCAACAUGGUUGUUCAUCGGCGGUUGUACUUUCGCGAGAAAGUUUUACUUUCACGCAGAUGCGUAUAGCAGGAGCACUACAGACCAAAAAAUGAAGAGGUGAUAUAAUGAAGAAGGCUUCCAAGUCGUUUGCAGAGGGCAAAUAUGAAAACUCUGAGAUAUCAAGACGAUUGUACAGGGGAGUGGCUGAUGCAGCUCACAAGUUGGAGGAGAGGAUGCACAGUGCCACUUCUCCAAAAGAUCUCUUGGGUCCAGAGGUGACAGAGCUUAGAGGAAGAUUGAAGGAAUACUGUGAACGGUUAAUGUUUGCUGCACCGUUGGACUAUGGCAGAAAAGCGGAAGAACUCAUGUGGCGUAAAGUGUACUACGAGUUGCUACAGCAGUGCAAGAUGCACCGUAAGAAAGCAACUUGCGACCUCACCUCACCACCCGGUGGAUUUUCUGACGGAGCUUGGUUGGGCCUCCUCCAAGGACACCUGCUGGCGGGCCUCGGCCACUACCACCACCUGCUCCUGCGUCUGCAGGCCGAAUUUCGCCUCCACUUGGAGGGACGCCUAGAUUUGCCCUAUCUGUGGAAAAAUCCGGGAUUACCCAGAGAACGCACCAGGAAACGCCAGCAGGAACUUGGCCAAUUGGAAGAAGAGGUGCAGGUUUGGGCGUGGCAGACUUGCCAAAGGUUUCUCAUAUGCCUGGGGGAUCUGGCCCGUUAUCUGAGCGAAGUCGAUGAUAGUGAGAACAAUGGAGAGUGGAAACAACAUUGGGCCUCACUGUCGAGGCGCUCGUACCAACAGGCGCAUGGCCUCGCACCGCGUCUAGGCAUGCCUCAUAACCAGCUGGGCACGCUGCACAGUGCCAAGCAUCAUGGCUGCGAUUCGGCUUAUUACUACCUGCGUUGCUUGCACAGCGAACAGCCUUUUGAAGGAGCAGAGGGGAAUUUGCUCCAGCUUUUCGAUCGAAACAGCCAUGCUCUAGUCGAAGCUGCCAACACCGAGAAGCAGCAGCAAGAUGAUUCAAAAAACAACAAAUUGUUCAGUUUUGCUACAAGAUUCUUGAAAGUUUGCGAACACUUUUAUCUUUCCAUUGAAGACAAUAUUCAAAUCCUGUGCGAGGACACGUUGCAACAUUUCAGUCUUCUUCUGGAUGAAACCGACAAGGAAGUUAUUAGUGCCGAUCUAGUUUUUAUGGUGGUCAUUACUGCUCUCAUGUGCACAGAAAAAAUCAAGCAAGCAGCGAAUACUUCAUUGACAAACGCUGCAGUGGCAUUUGCGCUUUCUCUGCAUUCGUACGUGGUGGAGACUUGCAGCAAAAGGCUCGCAACAUCCCUUGGCCUUUCGUCUAACAACAACGCAGACACAGAGCUGGGAAGAAGCGAUCUUCUGACAACAACCGUAAAGCUGCCAGAGGAGAUCCCCAUUAUCUGUGAAAAGACCCACAAGGGGAAGCCUUCACGUCUCCGUAACUGUCGCCGCCGCCGUAGGGUUCGACACACCAGUCUCGGUGACACUGAGGGCAGUGAUGAUGAGUCUGACGUCAAUGAGGAAGACAUUAGCGAGAGCGACACGGACUCCGAAAGAGACGUUGAAACUGCUCCGAUCGCGACUAGCCUCGUGACCAAUGGCCCCUCUUCCGAGCUCAGAGGUCUGCCAAACCUGCUUCCCAAGACAGUCGGCAGCCUCCCGAACGGGAUUGUCGUUUCUUCGAGCCACGACACGAUGUCAUCGGGCACUGCCGAGACAGAUGAGGGAGGGGUGGAUAACAGCGGCAGAGCGUCGGACAUCCUUCAGGAACUUUCGCAAGAGGGUCUGCUCUGCACAGUGAAGGCAGUCUGUGACUGGCUUAGGACACAUCCAGAACUCAUAGCCUCGUGUGCUCAGGCGCAGUCCCUCUCAAGGCACACCGUGGCCCUCCUGAACAUUCUCCUAGCUGCUCGGACUGACGUUCUGGCUGGUGACGGCAAGCUGUCGGAGCAGUGUCAUCGGCUCUCGAAAGGGGAUUCGUGUAAGUCUCUUCCACUGCCAGAGGAUAUUGUCCUACAGGGACUGCCCUUCUUCAGCAAAGCACACCAAGGCCUCAUUUUCACGUCAUUGGAAAAGCUCAUGGAAAUUACACCGGCACUUCAGGCAUUCCAAAGAAUGCAGUGUUUACUGCAGUACGGCAGUUUUGUCGCUGCAAGGGCUAAGUCUGGCAUAACGUAUGUGGCUGAAGAAGAUCGCUUUGAGGUACACGGGCCUGCUCACACCAAUGGAACUGCAUCCCCUGCAUCAUCUGAUGGCAGCGCAGAGAACCAGCAACGCAAACAGCAAGUGAUGCGUAGCAUGGCGCACCUGUGGCUGGAGCAGGAAGUGCGAGAGCUGCAGGAAGGUGUGUCCGCCUCUCCGCCGCCAUUGCCGCCCUAUCUGGUGCCAGACUCCUCGGUCCUCUGCCAUCACCUGACCCUGCUCAGGCGCCUGGUCGCAACUCGACGCUUUGUGCUCCUCCUGCCUGCGCACGUGAUCUCAAGCCUGGAUCAGCUGAAACGGGAAAGUAUCGGAGCUCGAGAGUCCAUCCGCUGGCUCGAGAUGGAGCUCCGAAGAGGAAGCAGGUACAUCCGAUCACAGAAGCCCCAUGAAAAGGUGUCCCUGUCUCCUAUAAAAUACCCGAAGCGAAAGGAAAAGGAUGCUUGGGAUUUUUUUCAAAUACUGGAGUGCUGCAAGUACCUGGAACAGCAGAGCCCUCGUGGGGGCCCCUCUAAGACAAUGGUGACCCUUCUCACAGGAGGGCCCUACCAGCGACCUGGAAAUGCGUCUGUGCUUGCCCAAUCUGCGGGCAUUAAUACUGAGGACAUAGAGGAGUUCAUUUCCAAGUGGCAGACUUCAUCGAAAAGCCAGGGGUGACAGCAGCAGCAGCUGAUGCAGUCCACUCAAGAUGAACCUUGCAAGCACGAGCCAGGCAAGCACACACACUCUGCAGAGGACAGAGGGGCGUUCACCCACCCAUGGGGCCCCAGAUUGCAGCCGCUCUUGUCAAGAUGAAACUCGUACAGGAAAGCAAGAUUGAAGGGGGCCCUCUGUCGUAGGUUUCACUUACGCUCUGCGAUUUUCCUCGCAACCUCGUGCAAGACAUACUAAAUUGGCAAAGUCUGAUAUUGCCGCACAACGGGACUUCUUUUUUUUUUUUUUUUCUUUUGCCCUCUGCGCUGUUGUCCUCGCCACACGGAUGCAGAAAGAAAACUGAGCUAUCCGAGAGGGAGAGAGAGAGAGAGGGGUUUGAGUAUGCUGACAUAAUAAAUUGCCAGUAGGUAUCGUAUGGAAGCUGACGGAUAUGUACGUCUCA